UCAAUCCCACAGCAGCAACCAGAUCCCCCAAGACCAAAACAAGCCACAGCAAACCCGCCAGCCUAAUCUGAGUUUACUUCGAGAGAUCCAUUAGUCAAUCUCGAGAUGGGUUCCCAGGCGAUCGAGAAGAACAGGGAGGGCGCGGAGGUGUUCCACGGCGCGGCUCUGUGCGCGGAGAAGGCGGUGGAGCUGCUGGCGGAGACCAACAUGCCGCUGGGCCUGCUCCCGCUCGCCGACAUCGAGGAGGUGGGCUACAACCGCGCCACCGGCUUCGUGUGGCUCCGCCAGAAGAAGGCGCUCACGCACACCUUCAAGCAGAUCGGCCGCCAGGUCUCCUACGCCGCCGAGGUCACCGCCGUCGUCGAGGACCGCAAGAUGAAGCGCAUGACGGGGGUCAAGAGCAAGGAGAUACUCAUCUGGGUCACGCUCUGCGACAUGUACAUCGACAAGGACGACCCUUCCAAGAUCACCUUCAAGACCCCCACGGGACUCGGCAGGACCUUCCCCGUCUCCGCCUUCGGGAAGGACGACGGCGGCAAGGCCAAGGCGCCCGCCGCCGCCGCAGCGGCUGACGGCGCGGCCGCCGUGGCCAAGUAAAAAGAGACGCGGCCGCCAUACCUCAUACCAUACCAAGUUGAAGUGUUCUCAAGCCAAUCAUUAUACUGUACUUUGCUUAAAUCUUAACGCAGAUUUGCGGAUACCAUGUUGCCGU